AUGCAUAUCGAAAGCAUUCCCAUGUGGGAGGGAAGCGGUAACAACUACGCUUACCUCGUCACCGACGACAAGACUAAAGAGGCUGUGAUUAUUGAUCCUGCGAAUCCAUCCGAAGUCUUGCCUACGAUCAAGAAGGCUGUGGACAGCGGAACGAAGCUGACCAACAUCGUCAACACGCACCAUCACCAUGAUCACGCCGGAGGAAACGUCGAGAUGCUGAAAUCCUACAACGUCCCCAUCAUUGGUGGCAAAGACUGCACAAACGUCUCGACUGUCCCACCCCAUGGCUCAUCUUUCAAGAUCGGCGCGAACAUCAACGUCAAGGCAUUUCACACCCCUUGCCACACACAAGACAGCAUCUGCUUCCUGUUCGAGGACGGCGAUGAUCGUGCUGUCUUCACCGGCGACACCUUAUUCAUUGGCGGUUGUGGACGUUUCUUUGAAGGGUCCGCAGAGGAGAUGGACUUCGCUCUCAAUAAAGUCCUUGCUACCCUGCCUGAAGACACCAAAGUCUACCCGGGCCACGAGUACACAAAGGGCAAUGUCAAAUUCGGCGUGACGGUCAGCCAGUCGGAGGCUAUCAAGAAUCUGGAACAGUUCGCGACGUCGAACAAGCAGACUCAGGGCAAAUUCACCAUUGGAGAUGAGAAGAAACAUAAUGUUUUCAUGCGUUUGGACGACCCGGUUGUUCAGAAGUUUACUGGUCAGACGGACCGCAUUGGAGUGAUGGCGGCGCUGAGAGAGGCGAAAAACAAGAUGUAG